GUUUUGAUUUUGUUUGACAUUUUUUGAAUAUGAAAUAAGAAUAUAACAAAGAUUACAGUGUAUUAUGGAAUAUAAUAUGAAACUGUCACACGAUGCAUAGCAUAGUUAUUAUUUAUUCGAUAGAAAAUAUAUAUUAGAGAAUUAUUAAUGAAAACAUAUUACAGUAGUAUCUAAUAAUCUGUGUAGAAUAGAAUACAUUGUCGCGUGAUCUGAACUGAUCUUUGAGUUUGGGCGCGAGCAGUCAGCAAAUCCCAAAGAACAUAAAUAUUGGACAUGCUGUGCUGUGUGCCUUUCUGCAGGAACGCUGCAGGCAAUGUUCGCACAGCAGAGGGCAUGGGUAAGGACGAGGGGAUUACUUUUCACGGUUUUCCUAGUGAAACAUGUCUACGUGCAGCUUGGCUCAGAGCCCUCGGCAAACAAGACACUCACCUGCCAGACUCUGCUGUGAUCUGCUCUCAGCAUUUUCUAAGUGAUGACUUCAGCGAGACCGAAAGUGGCUCAAGGCAGAUUGUUCCCGGCGCCAUUCCUUCAACAGUGCUGGUAUGCACAAUGUGCCUGGACAGUGGCAGCAAGCAGUUGCUAAUGAGUAAAUACAACUUGGAUGAGGCAUACCAAGAGUUUGUUGGUCUUCCUUUGUGUGAUCAAGGGAACCUGCAACAAACACUUUGUGUACAAUGUGCUUACAGACUGAUAAACAUCAUCAGAUUUAGAGACGACAGCUUGAGAACCCGCUCACUGAUGAAGGACUUGGUUGAGAAACAUGAAGUUAUAACAAACCAACAUAUAGAAAUAAUAAAGCGAGACAAAGUACUUUUAAAAAGCAAAUUCGUGAUUACAUCCCUCGGACCAGACCACUGUGACAUACACAUUGUAGAAGAGCAAGAAGACAAACAGACAGAAUCAGUAGACACUGGACACAGUGGUGAUGACACAGUUGUUGUGAAAAUUGAAAGUCUUGACUCUAUGUUGGUAGAUACAAACAUGGAAGUGAAAAAGGAAUAUGAUGAAGUUGUAGUACCUCACGGACAAGUAUCUGACAAAGGCACAGUGUUUGUUGAAGUACCAACUUUGUUGAAGUGUGAAAACAUUCCUUAUGAAUGUACAAUUUGUGUAGAGGAUUUUCUCUGUGAAGAAGAUUACAUUGCUCAUAUGCAUAUGCAUCUUCAGAACAGCGAUGCUGACAGUGAAUGUGUGACGUCACAAGUGUGUGAGCCUCGUACAGCUGUGAGCUCUAGCUGGCACUCGGCGCACCUCAUUGAGCACAAUUCUGCAGAUCAGAGCCUGGCUGAUGACUGUCACUCCUCAACACACUUGGCUCAACCUUACAGUAUUCCUUUGGCUGCACCUAAAGAAGGCGAUACAUUUAAUAAAGGUGUAAGAAAACGUACCAUAAAUGACAGCAACAAAGCGAAGACAGACAUUAAUCCUCACACUGGUGAGAAAAAAAAGCCUUAUUCUUGUAACUUGUGCAAGUACGAAGGUGCUCAAAAAGAGCACUUAGUGCGUCAUAUGCGAUCUCACACUGGUGAGAAGCCUUAUUCUUGUGACGUGUGCAAGUACAAAUGUUCCCAAAAAGAGCACUUAAUGAAACAUAUGCGAUCUCACACUGGUGAGAAGCCUUAUUCUUGUAACAUAUGUGAUUGCAAAUGUGUUCAAAAAAUUGAUUUAGUGUAUCAUAUGCGAACUCACACUGGCGAGAAGCCUCAUUCUUGUAAUCUUUGCGAAUACAAAAGUGCUAGAAAAAGUGGCUUAGUGAAACAUAUGCGAUCCCACACUGGUGAGAAGCCUUAUUCUUGUAACUUGUGCGAGUACAAAUGUGCUCGAAAAGAGCAUUUAGUGAAUCAUUUGCGAAAUCACACAGGUGAGAAGCCUUAUUCUUGUAACUUAUGCGAUUAUAAAAGUUCUCAAAAACACCACUUUGCGGAUCAUAUGCGAACUCACACUGGUGAGAAGCCUUAUUUUUGUACGCUAUGUGAGUUUAAAUGUGCAUCAAACUGUAGCCUAGUGAGACAUAUGCAAACUCACAACAGUGACAAGCCUUAUUCUUGCAACAAAUGUGAAUACAAAUGCAAAGUGAAGCGUUCUCUCCAGCUGCACAUGCGCAAGCACGCUGGCGACACUGUAACACACACCCACACACUGGCGGGGUCAACAACAACACAUGUGUAAUUCUGUGUGUGUUCGUUACUCGUUACGUUCUAAGAUACCUAACGAGAUAACUUUGUCUUUUCCCACUCUUUCGUCCCAUCACAACGCAAGAGUAACAAUUUUUUUUGUGAUGUGCAUAAUUAUGUGAUUUAAACGAAUGCAAUUUCUUUUAUUCUCAUGCUUUUAUCAUGGUGUAUUUUUACGAUGAUUUUUCCCGUCGACUUUGUUUUUUAAGAAGAAGAUAAGUACGUCUUGACCCCGGCUACGUUUCCGUGCAGAUUUUUUUUCUUUCAAUUCGUGUAAGUCGACAAAUAAAAUAAGUGGCACUAAGAUAACUAUUCAAAACGAUGCAUUUCUAUUAAGUUAAACGAAGAAAAAAUAAAUAACUAUAUAUCCCA